GAAAGGUCAAAAAGGUCUCCGGUCAUUUUGUUGGAGUUACAGAGGCAGAGAUUCCGUCGCGGAGAAGUUUGCUUUCCCUCGCCCAUCUUCUUCUCCUCCGUAUCUUCCCCACCCCAUCAGCUCCCUCCACUAUAAAGAAGCUCGAUCUGCAAAUUCAGUGGGGCUUUGCUUCGUUAAGGUUUGAGCUGAUCGUCCAUUUACCUUCAGGUGUGGCGUUUCUUCCUCACUGAAUCCGAAGCUUUUAACAGACAAGAAGACUUUCCUUUCUGGGUUUUCAUCUUGGACUGAGAGCAGGCGAAAAAUGGAAUCUCUGAACCCGCAGCCGGUGAAGUUCACAUGGACGCUCGAGAACUUCUCUCGGCUGAACGUUAGAAAGCUCUACUCCGACGAGUUCACGGCCGGCGGCUGUAAAUGGCGGCUGCUGGUUUUCCCCAAAGGGAAUAAUGUGGACUAUGUCUCAAUAUACUUGGAUGUUCCUGAUGCUUCGACUUUGCCGUCCGGGUGGCGCAGGGAGGCCCAAUUCAGCUUGAUCAUGGUGAAUCAGAAUCACCAGAGCUCUUCCACGAGGAAGGGAUCACGCCACACCUUCAAAGCAGGGGAGGCUGACUGGGGCUUUACAUCAUUUAAGCCUCUCGCUGAGCUGCAUACCCAUAUAAAUGGUUUUUUGGUGAAUGACGCCUUGAUUGUGGAAGCCGAGGUUGAUGUGCUCGCUGUUCACCCACCGGUUAUUGUCCCUGAGGCUGAUCGUAGCCCUCCUGACAUGGAACCACUGUUCGUUACAGAGACAAACCGCUUCGAGUCUUUCUUCAGCGAGCUCAAGGAGUUCAUCAUUACCACUGAGAACUCAGCUGCCAGAGAAGUGUCAGGCUCGAAUAGUACCGAGAAUGAUCAGAUGGUUCGUUUGAUUUCUGGGUCGCCGAGCUUGGAGGAGGUGGAGAAGGCUAAGCAGUACCUGAAGGAAUGUCUCUCGGACCUCUUCAAGCUGAACAUGAAGGAUAGGCUCUCAGCAGCUUUGUUGGCAUUAUCCCAUGCUGAAGUUGGGCUCUCGUCUGAUCAGCAGAGAUCAAUCAAAGCCUUCCAGGACAACUUUGAUGAUUUCAUCUCCGACUUCUUGACCUUUGAGCGGGACAAUGCCGAAUUUGAGCUACAGAAGUUGGCAAGAGACCAGGUCUUUUCCUCUGUGAAGAAGAACCACGAGAUCCACCUUUCAAACAGGCAGCUGCUGGAGAGCCUCGACGCAGAGGAGGAGGAGCUCAAGAAGAGAAUGGGAGAAGUGAAGAUGAGGAAGGAGAAGCUCGUUUCUGAUUGGGAGAUUUUGAUGACCGAGUCUGAGGAAGCGAAAUCCAAUUAUGUGACUCAAGAGAAGAAGUUAGAGGUGGUAGAGGAGAAGAAGAGGAUUGCCAAGGAAAGGAUGUCUCGAUCCACCACGGCUUGGUCUUCACUGAAGUUACAGUUUGUCUGAGACUUGGAACUUCACGCCUGUGGCGAUGAUUAAGCCCGUAGACCACUUUGCAUAUCCGAAUCUGUGAAUAAAAUGUCAGCACGGUGUUUGAUAUCCAUGUAGAGUAGGUGUGCUUUGUGAAUGGACCUUACCUGGUAUAUAGUUAUUAGGUGUUCUGCUAUUUGUCGGGUUCGAACUUCAGUGAUUUUUCGCUCGAUGUUCCAUGGAGGGGAUUGUUCUUUACAUGAUUUUCUUCGUUA